UUACUGAUAAUACUACCUACUUUACAAUAUUUUAUAUCUAAGAUUAUACCAGCUAAAACAGAACGAGAACUACAGCACAAUGGCCGAGUUAGCGGCUUUACUCCAAACGGAAAUCCCGGAGGGUCGUAAUCACCUCACCGACAGUCACACGAACCUUGAACGGGUAGCAGAAUACUGUGAAGCCAACUAUUUCCAGUCGGAAAACAAGAGACUAGCGCUAGAGAGUACGAAGAACUACACGACACAAUCUUUGGCGAGUGUGGCCUAUCAGAUCAACACACUUGCGUUCAACUUUCUUCAAUUAUUAGAGCUUCAGACCAUGCAGUUGGCUGAAAUGGAAGGUCAGAUGAACCAUAUCGCACAGACAGUUGCUAUACACAAAGAGAAAGUGGCGAGGAGGGAGAUCGGUGUGCUAACAGCCAACAAGGUCAUCACUAGGCAGUACAAAAUCAUAGCUCCAGCCAACCCUGAAAAACCAAUCAAGUAUGUUAGGAAAAGUAUUGAUUACACAGCAUUAGAUGACAUUGGACACGGGGCCCGUUGGAACGGAGGCCAGACAGGCACCCCCCGUGGCCGCCGAUCAGGGUCGGCCCCAAGCUCUGCUACACUCCCAGCUCCCACUACCAAGCCUCCCACUCCGCCUGCCGCUGUUAGGGCUGCAGCUGCUGCCAACACUGGCACUUUGGGACGUGGCACUCUUGGCAAGUCAUCACGCGAGUACCGCACGCCGCCAGCCGUGGCGCCGCCUCAAGUGCCGUCGCACUACGCGCCAAACUAUCCACGCAGACCUCCUGGAUACUCCACACUGCCGGUGGCCCAGCCUCAGGUUGGUAUGGUCCACCCAAAUCAGCAUCAAGUACCAUCAAACUAUUCUCAACAAGAUCUGCACUCCAGUAUGCCCCCUCCGCCAUCUCCAUUGAUCGGGUCUGAUGGUGAACACAGCCAACAUUCCAUGAGUUUGCCAGGACAGCGUGCCUCAUCCUCAUCGACUGGCGGAGCGUCCAUUCGCGGUGGCUCCGUGUCCCCGCCGUUGCCGCCACCGCCGAUGGACGAUGAACUGGCCCACGAUGCCUUUGGACGACCGCACCAUCUUAGCAGUAAGAUGAACUCUCAAUACACAAGUGCUGUACCAGCCAUCGUUCCUGAUGAAGAGGAUUUGCCUGGUUGGGUGCCAAAGAAUUACAUUGAGAAAGUGGUUGCGAUCUACGACUACUACGCUGACAAGGAAGACGAGCUGUCAUUCCAGGAGAGUGCAGUCAUAUACGUGCUGAAGAAGAACGACGAUGGCUGGUGGGAAGGCGUCAUGGACGGGGUCACUGGCCUCUUCCCAGGGAACUAUGUCGAGCCGUGUGUUUAGAAUGACACGCACAAGUAUAGAUUGUUUCAUCCAUGAAGACGUGCCCCACCACUUUUUGGUCGAGGGAAGCGCGGGGUGCGGGGAGUUUGAUCCAAGCGUCAUUAUUCUAGUGUGUGUGAACUCAUGGAUAAUUUAGCGUAUACCGAUAACACUCAAACAUUAGCGGAAGAAAGGUGGGGUUCAUCUUCGUGGAUGAAACUAUCUAUAAUUAUCAUGAUUAUGACCCUUGAGGCAAUAAAAAUAAGGCACUCACCGCCAACAUUCGCUUUUAGAAUUUCCCCCAGUGAGUGCCUUCUUUUAGACUAAAUUAUUACUGUAACUUUUCCAUUUUAAAUGAUAUUUACACACGUUAUUUUAAGUAGAAUAAGAUUAUAAUAGAUAUUCACGUAUUGAUUUAUUAUUACUGUAAUAAGACUUAUGUGCACAUGCAUUUAUUGUAUACUGCAUUCAUUAUUUAUCUAUAAAUAUAUCCACUCUAGUAUGUAUGAUCUAUCUAAAUUUUUAAGUGUAAACAUGUUAGAGUAAUCUUGUUUAGAUAAAUGUAGUUUAGUGUAAUUAAGACUUGGAUUGUAAGGGAGAAAGAAAUAAAACAGGUAGUUAUUAUAUUUUAUGUCUAUUAUUGAAUUCAAAGCACAAUUCCCUAAUCAACAAAUUAACCUACGUUACAUUUGUCGCUUAGAAAACAUAAGACUUACAAGCUACAGACUCUUACAAU